AUGCCUUCAGGUGCAAAGAAGCGAAAAGCUGCCAAGAAAAAGAAGGCAGUAGAAUCAUCAUCCAACAACAAUAACAACUCUAUUCCACCGGAUUCUACUGCUCAAUCUCAUGGGGAUGAUGAUCUUAAGCACCAAGAUGAUAAAGAUAGUGAUGGUGUAGAGGUUAGCUCUCCUGCACCUCAGGAACACUGUAGCCACCAUUACUCUUUCACCGAGGACGAGGGAGUCGAGGUGGAGCAGGAACUCAUCACUUCAAAUGUUCCGUCUGAUAGGAGUAUUUUUCUCGUUGAAGGGGAGUUGAAUGGUGAGGAUGAGUCAGACCGAAAGGACAUAAAGAUUGUGUAUGAUGGGGGCGAGCCGGGGAGUUCUAGUAGUACUAGUUCGGAUGAUGAGUCUCAUGUUGUUGAGGAUAGUAAAAUUGUCAUUGAAAAUGUCACAUUUGUUGAUUCUGCAAAACCGGUCAAUUUUUUAUCAGAACAACAGGCUGAGGAAAUUCAUGUUGUUUCAGUCGAGGAAGAUAGUGAUUUAGUUAAGAAAACGAGUCCUGUCGUCGACUUGGAGAAGAUCUCGAUGCUGGAUGAGAAAGUGCAAGUAGGUAUAUGUGCUACUGAAUCUGAAUUGAAAGCAAAUGAGAUGGAAAAGUUGAGUUAUGCAGAUGAGAAGGUUAUUAUUUCGGCGACUAUUGUGGAUGUGGUAUCAGAGAGGAAUGAGGAUGUACCGACUGAUGGAUUAAUAGAAAUUGCUGCUGCAACUUCAAAUGCUAAAGAAUGUGCAACACAAGAAAAUGAUGACAAAUUGACGCCCUCAUACGCUUUACCUAGAGUUGAUGCCAAUAAAGAAGUAGAACGUGAGAAAGAUAAUAAAUUUCCUGAGGUGUUGGCAGCACCUGAUCCCUGUCGUCCAGUGCAAACUACUUCAUGGAAGAGUUGCUGUGGACUCUUUGAGGUGUUGUCUGGGUCCGUAGAUAAUUCAAGGUUAAGAUCCUUAAGCUUCAAACUUUCAUCUUUUCAUUCACAUUUUACAAAUAUAGGUUUUAUGCCACAGUGA